UUCUCUUGCCGUUGUAACCGCCAACCUCCAAAAAAAAAUCCAAAAUGGUGCACUGGACCCCUGAAGAGCGUGCUGCUAUCACCGGUACCUGGGGCAAGGUCGACCAUGACAGCGCUGGCACGGAAACCCUGGUCAGGUUGCUGGUUGUGUACCCCUGGACCCAGAGGUAUUUCAGCAGCUUCGGUAACAUGUCCAAUGUGGCUGCCAUCAGUGGAAACCCUAAGGUGGCUGCUCACGGCAAGAAGGUGCUCGGGGCUCUCGGCAAGGCCAUCGAUAACCUGGACAGCAUCAAGCAGACCUACACCGCCCUGAGCGAGCUGCACUCCGAGAAGCUCCACGUCGACCCCGAGAACUUCAGGCUCCUGGGUGACACUCUGAUUGUGGUCCUGGCCAACAAGAUGGGCGCUGCCUUCACCCCCGAGAUCCACGCCGCCUGGCAGAAGUUUAUGGCUGUGGUUUGCGCUGCCCUCACCCGACAGUACCAUUAAGCCCGCUGAAGACCUCGGGCCGCCACUUUCAUUCCAUCUCAUGGCCUCCUGGUCUCAGGUCCGCCUGUGUAACGUGCUGCCCGUGAUUUUCAGAACUGCCUGUGUGUCACAGUCUAUACAGAGGAGUUGUAAUAAAUAAAAGUUUAUUCUUAACACAAAUCUUAAGUCUGUUGUUCUGUUUUCUUCUUCUGCUGCUACUGCUGCUGGUGGUAAUUCAUAAAAUAAUAAAAGUGAACUCUUGUGAUUUAAAUUUCUUUACAGUAUAAGGCUUACAGUAGCAGCGCAUCUCUUCGGGGUUUGAGGCAUUUAAGUAAUUAAGCAAAAAAAAAAGGGAAACUUCACU